AUGACUUUACACGGGUCUGGGGUCGCUGAGGCUGAGGUGGGGGCGGGGCAUCCUCCCAUCAGUCCGUCCAAACUCAGGCCCUGGAACGCCCCAAAGAAGGACUCAUCUUUAGGCACAGGCGCUGGCUUCCUCGGCAUGGUCGUCUGCUGCGAUACAGACAUCAUAAAGUGGGAGCUUCAGGCAAUCCCGGUCGCCCUCAGCCCGGUCGCCCUCAGCCCGGUCGCCCUCAGCCCGGUCGCCCUCAGCCCGGUCGCCCUCAGCCCGGUCGUCCUCAGCCCGGUCGCCCUCAGCCCUGUCGCUCUCAGCCCGGUCGCCCUCAGCCCUGUCGCCCUCAGCCCGGUCGCCCUCAGCCCGGUCGCCCUCAGCCCGGUCGCCCUCAGCCCGGUCGCCCUCAGCCCGGUCGCCCUCAGCACGGUCGCCCUCAGCACGGUCGCCCUCAGCCCUGUCGCCCUCAGCCCGGUCGCCCUCAGCCCUGUCGCUCUCAGCCCGGUCGCCCUCAGCCCGGUCGCUCUCAGCCCGGUCGCCCUCAGCCCGGUCGCCCUCAGCACGGUCGCCCUCAGCACGGUCGCCCUCAGCCCUGUCGCCCUCAGCCCUGUCGCUCUCAGCCCGGUCGCCCUCAGCCCUGUCGCCCUCAGCCCGGUCGCCCUCAGCCCGGUCGCCCUCAGCCCGGUCGCCCUCAGCCCGGUCGCCCUCAGCACGGUCGCCCUCAGCACGGUCGCCCUCAGCCCUGUCGCCCUCAGCCCGGUCGCCCUCAGCCCUGUCGCUCUCAGCCCGGUCGCCCUCAGCCCGGUCGCUCUCAGCCCGGUCGCCCUCAGCCCGGUCGCCCUCAGCACGGUCGCCCUCAGCACGGUCGCCCUCAGCCCGGUCGCCCUCAGCCCUGUCGCUCUCAGCCCGGUCGCCCUCAGCCCUGUCGCCCUCAGCACGGUCGCCCUCAGCCCGGUCGCCCUCAGCACGGUCGCCCUCAGCCCGGUCGCCCUCAGCCCUGUCGCUCUCAGCCCGGUCGCCCUCAGCCCUGUCGCCCCCAGCCCGGUCGCCCUCAGCCCGGUCGCCCUCAGCCCUGUCGCCCUCAGCCCUGUCGCUCUCAGCCCGGUCGCCCUCAGCACGGUCGCCCUCAGCCCUGUCGCUCUCAGCCCGGUCGCCCUCAGCACGGUCGCUCUCAGCCCGGUCGCCCCCAGCCCGGUCGCCCUCAGCCCGGUCGCCCUCAGCCCGGUCGCCCUCAGCCCUGUCGCUCUCAGCCCGGUCGCCCUCAGCACGGUCGCUCUCAGCCCGGUCGCCCCCAGCCCGGUCGCCCUCAGCCCGGUCGCCCUCAGCCCGGUCGCCCUCAGCCCGGUCGCCCUCAGCCCUGUCGCCCUCAGCACGGUCGCUCUCAGCCCGGUCGCCCCCAGCCCGGUCGCCCUCAGCCCUGUCGCUCUCAGCCCGGUCGCCCUCAGCCCGGUCGCCCUCAGCCCGGUCGCCCUCAGCACGGUCGCCCUCAGCACGGUCGCUCUCAGCCCGGUCGCCCUCAGCCCGGUCGCCCUCAGCCCGGUCGCCCUCAGCCCGGUCGCCCUCAGCCCUGUCGCUCUCAGCCCGGUCGCCCUCAGCCCUGUCGCCCUCAGCACGGUCGCCCUCAGCCCGGUCGUCCUCAGCCCGGUCGCCCUCAGCCCGGUCGCCCUCAGCCCUGUCGCUCUCAACCCGGUCGCCCUCAGCCCGGUCGCCCUCAGCACGGUCGCCCUCAGCACGGUCGCCCUCAGCCCGGUCGCCCUCAGCACGGUCGCCCUCAGCACGGUCGCCCUCAGCCCGGUCGCCCUCAGCCCUGUCGCUCUCAGCCCGGUCGCCCUCAGCCCGGUCGCCCUCAGCCCGGUCGCCCUCAGCACGGUCGCCCUCAGCACGGUCGCCCUCAGCCCGGUCGCCCUCAGCCCUGUCGCCCUCAGCACGGUCGCCCUCAGCCCGGUCGUCCUCAGCCCGGUCGCCCUCAGCCCGGUCGCCCUCAGCCCUGUCGCUCUCAACCCGGUCGCCCUCAGCCCGGUCGCCCUCAGCACGGUCGCCCUCAGCACGGUCGCCCUCAGCCCGGUCGCCCUCAGCACGGUCGCCCUCAGCACGGUCGCCCUCAGCCCGGUCGCCCUCAGCCCUGUCGCUCUCAGCCCGGUCGCCCUCAGCCCGGUCGCCCUCAGCCCGGUCGCCCUCAGCACGGUCGCCCUCAGCACGGUCGCCCUCAGCCCGGUCGCCCUCAGCCCUGUCGCCCUCAGCACGGUCGCCCUCAGCCCGGUCGCCCUCAGCACGGUCGCCCUCAGCCCGGUCGCCCUCAGCCCUGUCGCCCUCAGCCCGGUCGCCCUCAGCCCGGUCGCCCUCAGCCCUGUCGCUCUCAGCCCGGUCGCCCUCAGCCCGGUCGCUCUCAGCCCGCACGGUCGCCUCAGCACGGUCGCUCUCAGCCCGGUCGCCCUCAGCCCGGUCGCCCUCAGCCCGGUCGCCCUCAGCACGGUCGCCCUCAGCACGGUCGCUCUCAGCCCGGUCGCCCUCAGCCCGGUCGCCCUCAGCCCUGUCGCUCUCAGCCCGGUCGCCCUCAGCCCGGUCGCCCUCAGCCCGGUCGCCCUCAGCACGGUCGCCCUCAGCACGGUCGCCCUCAGCCCGGUCGCCCUCAGCCCUGUCGCCCUCAGCACGGUCGCCCUCAGCCCGGUCGCCCUCAGCACGGUCGCCCUCAGCCCUGUCGCCCUCAGCCCGGUCGCCCUCAGCCCGGUCGCCCUCAGCCCUGUCGCUCUCAGCCCGGUCGCCCUCAGCCCGGUCGCUCUCAGCCCGGUCGCCCUCAGCCCGGUCGCCCUCAGCCCGGUCGCCCUCAGCACGGUCGCCCUCAGCACGGUCGCUCUCAGCCCGGUCGCCCUCAGCCCGGUCGCCCUCAGCCCGGUCGCCCUCAGCACGGUCGCCCUCAGCACGGUCGCCCUCAGCACGGUCGCUCUCAGCCCGGUCGCCCUCAGCCCGGUCGCCCUCAGCCCUGUCGCUCUCAGCCCGGUCACCCUCAGCAUGGUCGCCCUCAGCACGGUCGCUCUCAGCCCGGUCGCCCUCAGCCCGGUCGCCCUCAGCACGGUCGCCCUCAGCACGGUCGCUCUCAGCCUGGUCACCCUCAGCACGGUCGCCCUCAGCACGGUCGCUCUCAGCCCGGUCGCCCUCAGCCCGGUCGCCCUCAGCACGGUCGCCCUCAGCACGGUCGCUCUCAGCCCGGUCGCCCUCAGCCCGGUCGCCCUCAGCCCUGUCGCUCUCAGCCCGGUCACCCUCAGCAUGGUCGCCCUCAGCACGGUCGCUCUCAGCCCGGUCGCCCUCAGCCCGGUCGCCCUCAGCACGGUCGCCCUCAGCACGGUCGCUCUCAGCCUGGUCACCCUCAGCACGGUCGCCCUCAGCCCGGUCGCCCUCAGCCCGGUCGCCCUCAGCCCGGUCGCCCUCAGCCCUGUCGCCCUCAGCCCGGUCGCCCUCAGCACGGUCGCUCUCAGCCCGGUCGCCCCCAGCCCGGUCGCCCUCAGCCCGGUCGCUCUCAGCCCGGUCGCCCUCAGCCCGGUCUCCCCGUGUGUGGGGAGAUAG